GCGCGGCAAGAUGGCGGCAGCGUGUGCGCGAGGAGGCCAUGAGCGGGAUAACGGCUCGUCGCCCCCGUCUCAACAACAGCAACAGGCGGGCGGCCCGCCGGCCUCUCAGCUCAUCCGUCCGUCGGUCAGCGAGCUGAGCCGGGAGGUGCGGACCAACAUCUUGUGCACGGUGACGGGCUGCGGCAAGGUGCUGCCCAACCCGCCGGCCCUCGGCAUGCACCUCGUCAAAUCCCACAGGGUGCAGGAUUGCAGCAUUAAUCCAACUGUUAGGAAGGAUUUGAAAUCUUCUGUUCAGAAAUUAUACUGCUGCCCCAUUGAAGGUUGUCCAAGAGGACCAAACAGGCCAUUUUCUCAAUUUGCCCUUGUUAAGCAGCACUUUAUGAAAAUUCAUGCUGAAAAGAAGCACAAGUGUGACAAAUGUAAUCAUUCGUACGGGACAGAAUGGGACUUAAAGCGACAUGCUGAGGACUGUGGUCGUAUUUUCCAGUGCACUUGUGGCUGUCCUUAUGCCAGCAGACCAGCACUGUUGUCCCAUAUUUACAGAACUGGACAUGAAAUCCCAGCAGAACAUCGGGAACCACCACGCAAGAAGAGGAAAAGUGAAUGGUUAAAUCAGAAUCACUUGAACAACAUUGCAAAAAAGCAGGAAACCCAGUCAGUGCAAGAGACGGUGGAGAUAAACAAGGGAACCUACACUGAACACUCCCGUGGAGAUAUCAGCAAUAAACAGCUUCCGGCUCCUGUAAAACAAAUUCAGAAAUUGUUGUUGCCAAAGCCCAAAGCUGCACUUGUCAAGCUUCCUAUUAUGCACUUAACACCUUUACCAGUUCUUUUAUCUUCAGGCAUGUCCAUGGAUAAUUCUGUCAAGUCCAUUGUUGUUGCUGUUGACAAUCAAGGAUCUGUUGUGAAUACAAUGCAUGUUCUGCCUAAAUCGGUGGGAACUCUGAUACCAACCGUGGAGACAAAAGCAUUGAAUUUUAAGGGUGGCCUGCCCACCUCCAAGAUGCCCAGCAUCAUGAUGGUCAAACCCAUCAGCACUGCAGUGCAAGUUAACAUGGAUUCACCUUUUGCCAGUAAUCAUGGAUUACAAACACUCGGAGACCUGGGUCAAAAGAACAAAUACAUUUCCAUGAACGUUCAGACAGAUAUAUCGUACCUUGCACAGAGCACAGCACUGGAAUCUCUAAACAUUUAUUGUGCCCCAGAGAGCACUGUGUCUGCCUGUGCACAAACUGUUUUGAGUUUUGGUGCUCAAGUGUUGCUCCCUGUAAGUGUCCAAACACAAACGUUUGAACCAGACACCAAAAUCACCACGUCGAUAAGUGCUCAGACAGAUCCUUUUGGUCAGUCCUGUUUCCCAUUAUGUAAUGUAUCCAGGAAAACUCAGACUUUGGUCAAGUCUGGUCAAGAGAAAGACCCUACGGUUCAAACACUAAUUAACGCAAAUAAUCACAAAGCGAUUUUUGAUCAUUCUUUAGUUACGUCUUGCAGUGUCUGCAGGCAAACUCAAACUACUUUUGCCCGGGAAGCAAUGGGAAUGGACCAAAGACUAUCCUAUAACAAUGAUGCUCUUUUACAGAACUCUAAGUCAGCUGUUGAUUUUCCCAUUCAAUCCACUUUACUUCAACAGAACUCAAUGACAGACAAUCAAACUCAGACAAUUAACCUUUUUAAUGACUUAGAAAAUAUCCUAUCAGAAAGCAUAGCGGACCAUUCGUUAGAACACCGGGGUCUUUUAUCUGAUGCCAGCAAUGUUUCUGCAGAGAGUAUGACAGGCAGCCAGUCGCAGAAUGCGGGUAUUGACUUUGACAUUGAAGAAUUUUUAUCUGCAAGCAACAUACAGACGCAGACUGAAGAAAAUGAGUUUGGCAAUUUACAGACAGAGUCUGCAUUGGAAUCUUUGGAUAUUGAAACUCAGACUGACUUUUUGUUUUCAGACCAUCCUGCCCAGGUAUACAACAGCAGGGGACAGUCCAGCUAUUUAGGACAAGAAAUGUUUGACACACAGACUCAAACCGACUUCACUUUCUUAUUGGACAGCAGUCCACAUCUACCUCUGGAUGGCAUUUUGAAACAGCCCAGUUUCUCCCUAAAUGCAGAAUCGUCUGGAACGGAAACCCAAACAAACAACAUGUACAGUAGAAAUAAUUUCAGUAGUACCACUGAAAGCCAUGUUCAGUUAAACUGUGUUGAAACGCAGACAGCCAGUAGUUCCUCUGAAAACCUUGGCAGUCUUUUUUUCACUAGCAAUGAAACACAGACGGUAAUGGAUGACUUUCUCUUGGCUGACAUGGCGUGGAACCCGAUGGAGUGCCAUUUCAGUUCAGUUGAGACACAAACAUGUGAUGAACUGGUUUCCUUCUUUGAAAAUGCUGCUAAAAGCACCAAUUGAGCUUAAAAUGAUGUUGCCAGAUCAACUGCCCAUUUUCCCCACAAUCCAGUAAAUGGCUGUGAUUUAUUUCCUGGUGCGGCCUGAAGUUUAUGAAUAGAGUUUGCCACUUUGAUCGAAUUAUUGGUCUUUAUUGCCAUAGAAAUCUUGGCAUGAUUAGCAGGCAUUUCAACACAAAGUACUUGGAUUAAUUUUACCGUUUCACUUAUUAGGACCUCUGCGUUAUUUGAUUUGAGGAGCAAACCAUGGACUGUAACUUAACAUUGUAGCCUAGACUGCUGACCUCACUAACGUUCACCCUUUAUUAAAUAGAUCAUUCCUAUGCUUUGUUUAAUUAAUGAAGAAAGUGAGAGAUUAUGGCAUGUUUAUUAUUUUCCGGUAUGUACAUGUACUCUUACUAAAGAGACAUUUCAUGCUGGAUGAGUAAAUAGUAACAGCAUUUCUUAAAUGGUUAAGAAUAAAUGAUGCAGUUCAUUUUACACCUUGCACACUAAGUGUCCUGCUAUUUCAUUAGAUAGAAUGUAGGAUUGCUUGCUUGAAAGCCCCUUUUUUGUAAAUGGACAUAACCAAAGUGAGCUAUCCGAAUGAAAUUGACAGUCACUGUGAUAUUUAUUUCAGGUUGAUAAGUAGCAUGCUGCUUGAAAUUUAGCUUCUAACUUAUUAAUGGCAAGAAACCAUUGAAAAUUCAACUUGUAAUAGCUUCUGUAUCAGUCCCAUACACAAUCUCUUUCCACUUGUGAAGGGACAUUGAGCCAUUUCACUGUUCUCCAGAUACCUCUGGUGAAUAGAGAAUGUUGGUAUAUUGCAAAGUCAAACCAACCAUUCUGUCAGUCUGAAAUGAAUUAACAUUAUAACUCUGGCAUUGUUUGGCUGUUGUUUGCAGCCCUGAUAUGGAAUGGCAAUGUUAGAUAAGAACGGGAUGGGUGGUGAAUCUUCAAAUGCUAAGGCUUGCACAUGGGAAUAGCCACCUUGUUGGGGUUGUGGAAACCUACUGACACCUCCUGGAAGUGAAAGAGCAACAUUGGCACAAAGAAAAUAUGGACAAAAUAAACUUCAUGGUUCACGACUUCUGCCUGAAUUAGCCUUUGUAGAAUACUGCACAAAAGGGUUUAUGUGACUGAGAUGUUGCAGUGAUAAACUGCUACUGAAUACAGCAUUGACUCGCAUAUUUAUAUCACAUCUAUUUCUUUGAAGACAUCUAAAGAAUUGUUAUCUUCUGUAUAGUCAAUGUGUAAAUGCAUGUAAUAAUGAAGAUCUGAAUGUGACUUUUCUUUUCAAUAUUGUGGAUGAGAAUUUAUUUUCAGUUGAUGCUUGAGUAAUGUUAAAAUGUCACAAAAUUUGUUGUACCUCAGUUAGCUGAAAUUUUGCACAUUAAAAUUACUUGCUGGUGUCUGAUGUUAGUGGAUAUUUUGUGUCAAACACCGAUGCUGGUUAGAAUUUUGCAAAGUUGCACAAAAUAAAGAUCAGUUUCUCCAAUAUGAA